GCCUCUCCUUGACAACUAUCCUCUACCUCUUACCCCUCCAGCUCCUUCUGGGGUCACUUGAGUCCACGAGCCCGUUCCUUUCUAUUUGUUUUACACCUCAGUAUCGGUCCCUCUGCGUUUGGGUCCUAGCGUUCACCCCUUUGAGACAUCGUCGAUCCUAGUAUAAAGGGUCUUACUCGGAACCGUUCCUGCGAUAGCAUUCCUUGAACAUGGCCUCCAUCCUAGAUCUCUCUGAGCCCAUCGCGGUUCUCCUUCGCAAGGGCACCGCUGACGCCCACGAGAAGGCAGAACAUAGCGAGGGAGCGGCGUGGCUCACUCGUGGAGAGCUCGACAGGGAGGAAUACGUACGUUUUCUCAUGAUGCUCUACCACGUUUACGAUACCUUUGAACGUGGCCUCGACCGACACGCUUCCCACUCUGUCCUCCAACCCACCUACAACCCUAAUCUCCUCGCCCGUACGUCUAACCUCUCAGCCGACAUAGCCCACCUUCUCCAGACCCCUGAACCAUCCUGGAAAUCGCAUCCUGUACACGUCGAACUCACCUCGACGCCGCCACAACAACUGAAAGAUUACAUCACCCGACUACAGACGCUCGCGGAUUCUUCGGACCCAAGUCCGCUUCUCGCCCAUGCGUAUGUUCGGUACCUCGGAGAUUUGAGCGGUGGCCAGUUCAUCAGGAGGAGACUGGCCAAAGUGUAUGAGUUGGAGGACGGUGCUGGUCUGACCUUUUAUGAGUUCAAGCAGCUUGGAGGAUCGGGGUCGAGUACCAUGGGGGACAUGAAGAAGAUCAAGGAAUGGUAUCGGGAUGGGAUGAACGCUGGCGUUGGCGAUGAUCAGGAUUUGAAAGCUCGUAUCCUGGAGGAAGCCAACAUUGCUUUCGAGCUCAAUAGCGGUCUCUUCACGAUCCUCCGCGCACCUUCUAACCCCUCCAUCAUGAUCACCUCACCCGCCGCCCCACCUCUCGGUGAACCCCUCACGCCCGUCGAGUCAGAGUCUCCAACCCCCUCUUCUUCGCCUUCCUCACCUCUCGGCGAAGCACCCAAAGUCGUCUUCGAGGUCAAGGAGCCCGAAGGGUCAUAUCGAAUCUCUGCUGUCAUCGCUCUAAUCGUUGCUUUGUCGCUAGCCCAUUUCCUCCUUGUGUUGGGUGGGUUUACUGGGUCGAACGGUGCUGGGAAACUUGAAGCUUUCCAGCACUGGCUUCGGACAACGUUCUCCAGCAGUGGAUGAACGAUGGUCUUGGCUGGUUGCGAGCUAUCGGAUCGUCUAUGGUUCUUUCGGGGUUUAUCUUCAUGCGGUUUCAUUUUUGGUUUUGAAACGUACCCUGGCGUAUCCAUGAUGCCGCAAGACACUCAACAAGCAAUAUACACGGAUGUUCUAACUAGAGGUAUACUUACCUCGCUUUUACACUCUUUGUCCACAUGAAUUAUUCACUAUCCACAAUCUACGACCCCGGUCCUCCUUUUGUUACCGUGUACCAUUACCUGUUGCUAUACUUGAAUGAUCAUGACACAUUCUAUCCUCU